GCGUGUGCUGCAGGGAACCACCGGCGACGCGGAGCGCGCGAAACGGCUGCGUCGCCUCCGCCGGCUGCAGCGCGAGGGGAAGAUCACCAAGCGGACCGCGCUGGAGGACAGCGGCGUCACUGCCGCGACGGGCGGAAAGCGGCCGGACCGUGGCGAGGAGCACAACAACAACAGCAGCAGCUGCGACUACGACAACGACGACGACGACAGCGCCAGCAGCACGGGAUCACUGUCGCGCCUCAUCAAGGCGGCCAAAGGCGAGCUCUACUCGGAAAGCGACGACGACGACGGCGGCAGCAACCCCCACGUUGGUGAAGAGGACAAGAGGGAGGAGGAGGAAGAGGUGCUGCAACCCGCCCGAAAGAAAAGAAAGCGGGUGCGGCAAGCGUACGAGUAA